CCGAGUCGAGAGUCUGUUGAUUCCCACGAACCUACAGCAGGUAAACAACGCUAAACGGGGAUUUGCAGCUCGUAGUCGCUCCCCUCAUCCGGCCUGGCUCGGACUCUCCUGCUGAUCCUGACGCUUCUGGCAAGAUCCACUGGCGCACUCAGAUCCAGCCAUCCAUGUGCGCGACCAACCGCCUUGCGGCGCUCGUCUGAGAGGAGGAGGGCCAUGGCAGCCGCAGCCACAGCCACAGCCACAGCCGCCUCUAAGAUACCAUGGACAGAUCUGCAGGUGCCUCCGCCGGAGCUGCAGCCGGAGUUCUGCCUCGUGUCGGGGCAGUGCUUCUCAUUCAAGCCGUGCGAGGCUGAGGCUGGUGCAGUUGAGGCGCCAUCUGAUGGUGCUGGUGAUGGUGUUAGUGACAGCAAGGAGUGGGUGGGCGUGAUUGGUAGGGGAGUCUACCACAUCAGACAGACCGAGCAGACGACUCUGUUCAGGUGAGAACGAACGAACACAGACAGACAGACAGUGAGUGCAAUGAAUGCAUUCAUUGGUGCAGUCAGUGCUAUCCCUGUGUGUCUUGUCUGGUCCCCCCAGGUGUCUGCACCACAGUCGGUAUUCCAGCGACGGCAGCGAGUGUGUGGCGGAGGUGCGGGAGUUCUUCAGGCUCCACACGGAGAUGGCGCCGCUGUACAGGAGGUCAGCCGGCACAGCACAGCAACACACAAACACAAGGAGAAGAAGAAGCGCAUCAUGCAUCUGCCUGCCGGUGGGUGUUCUGUUCUGUGCUUUUCUGUUCUGCAGGUGGGAGGGCGCUGACGCGCGGAUGCGGCAGAUUGUUCCGGCCCUCAGAGGCGCCAGGGUCAUCCAACAGGUGAACGAAAGGACGAAAGAAUGGAUAGAUGGAUGGGCGGAUGUCCCGAACUCACUCUCCCUCCCUGCCUCCCUCCCUGUGCUGUCCAUUCCAUCGGUCGGUCCCACAGGAUGCGACAGAGUGUCUGUUCACGUUCAUCUGUUCGUCCAACAACAACAUCAGCCGCAUCACUCUCAUGAUCGACCGACUCAAGCGGCACUACGGCGACUUAAUCGCCACCAUCACCAGCCCCACGCCCACACUCACCGGCGCCGCGCUGCAGGAACACCAAGACAGCAUCAGCCGAGACGGUGCAGUGCGCUCGUUGCAACCAUGUGCUGGCUGCAGGCGCAUCUUGUGUCUGGUUGUGCUGUGGGUGUGCCUGUAAAUGGCAGGGAGUGGUGGGGGACUGCGGAGCUCAUCUGACGAGAGGCGAGCCGAGGAGGAGGGUGGGGGCGGUGAGCAUGCGGGCUCGGGCUACAGCUGGUACUCCUUCCCGACUAUCGACCGCCUCGCCGCCGCGUCGGAACAAGGCCUCAGAAGCAUUGGUAUAGAUCGACGAACGACGAACGAUCUGCAGAGAGAGAUGGCUGCAUUGCUAUGGUUGGUGUGUGUGUGUGUGUGUGUGUGUAGGGUUGGGGUAUCGCGCCAAAUCGGUGGUUGAGACGGCCAAGGCGCUGAAGGAGCUGGGGGGCGAGGCCUUCCUGCAGAAACUGAAAUCCCCGACCAUGACGCGGCAGGAAGUGCAGAAGGAACUGCUGCAGUUCAGGUGCCCCCCACAACACAUCCAUCCAUCCAUCCAUCAAUCCCAUGUGUGUGUGGUUCGUGUGGGCAGGGGUGUCGGCCGGAAGGUGGCCGACUGCGUCGGUCUGUUCUCGCUUGACCGGUUCGACGCCAUCCCCGUCGACACACACGUGUGGCGCAUCGCCUGCAGGGACUUGGACCGCUCUCUGCAGUCGGCCAAGUCCCUCACGCCGGCCGUCUACGACCGGGUGGGCGACCUCUUUCGCGACAGGUAGGUAGGAGGGACGCCGAAUAGGAUGUGUGUGCGCCAUGGAUGGAUGGAUGGAUGCCAUAAGGUAUGGCAGCCGCGCCGGCUGGGCGCACUCACUGCUCUUCACCGCAGAGCUGCCCGCAUUCAGGGCCCGCCUGGUACGUCUGUCUUUGUGUGUUGAGCCCCCCCCAUUUUUAUUCCCCUCUCGUCUGCCCACACCCACUCUCUCCCUCUCUCUCUGUCAGCCUGCGUCGCUGCAGCAGGAAAUGUCGGAGUUUGCUGUCAGUGAGAAAGAGGCGAAGAAGACCGAGCGGGCGGCGCGCAAGAGGCGGCGGACCGGUGCUGAGGGGGAGGGAGAGGGAGAGGAAGAGGGAGAGGGAGAGGGAGAUGGAGGGGGAGACGCUGAGGAGUGAGUGACCUGUGGCUGCCUGUGGUGGCUGUCGAAACGGCUGUGGGCACACACACGCAACCAGGGUGAGGUGAGGAGGGGAGGGGGAGGGGGGAGGGGGAGGGAGGGAUCGGGAGUAUGAUGAGAGCACUUCACAGACCUGUGCCGGAGGCAUAGCCAGUGGGGACAACACACAUACACAAGAACAUCUAAGCCUGACCGACCCGACCACACACACAUUACACGCCGCAUCGGUUUCCGCUGUCCGGCGGUCGCGAUAAUCUCUCUCUCUCUGUGUGUGUAGGUGUGUAGGUGAUGGGAAGGAGGAGCCCAGCCGUUGAGACGAUGGAUGCCUGUCUGUCUGUGUAUGUGUGCCAGUCAGUAGACCGAUGGCGGGAUGCCUAUAGGCACGCGGCGCGUUUGCCGUUUCACGGAUUAAUUCACACACACAUGCAUGCAUCGUGAGCAUGGAGUGACGAGUCAGUCAGUGUCUGAGACAGACAAGACAGACAGCAACGAAUAGCAUUCCAGUCUGCACACGAGAGAGACGCACAGCGAGCCAUAGCUAACGUGAAGGAAGAAGAAAUGCAC